AUCCCUCCCUCCCUCCAGCCCAUCCGCCGCCUUCGUGGGUUUGCUCCGGAUCGCAGCCCCGCUCCCUUUACGGGGGCUUCCUCCGCCCCGCCUUUUUGCCACGGCGCGUUUAAGUCAGACGUGCUCCGCCCGAAUCUUCCGGGCUGGGCAGAUUGAGAGAGGGAGAGCGAGCGUGAGAGGCAGCUUGGGAGGUGGAGCGCUCGGCCCGCUGGACCUCGCCCGGCUCUGCUCCGGUUCUCCAGCACCCCCCACUCACCCCGACGCUCGUUUGGCCUGCCUGGCGAGGAAGCGCCCCUCCUCGGGUCUCUCCAGGAUGGUGCUCAAAGUCUUCAUCGCCUCUUCCUCCGGCUCCACCAAGAUAAAAAAACAGCAGCAAGAUGUGGUCAGCUUCUUGGAAGUCAAUAAGAUUGAGUUUGAAGAGAAAGACAUUGCGGCCAAUGAAGAGAAUCGCAAAUGGAUGAGGGAGAACGUCCCAGAAGACUGUCGGCCAGCCACUGGGAAUCCAUUGCCUCCACGUAUCUUUAAUGACAGCCAGUACCUUGGGGAUUAUGACGCUUUCUUUGAAGCUAGAGAGAAUAAUGCUGUCUAUGCUUUUUUAGGCUUGACUCCCCCACCUGGUUCAAAGGAGGCAGAAGCACUAGCAAAACAAGGGGUGUGAAUCCUUCCCUCCUUUCUUCCUCCCAGCCUCAAGCCUUAAAAAUUCUGCAAAGAGAAAAUCCUACAGCUUUUCUCCCUUACAAUUGCAAAAACCAAUGCGCUUGAAGAAAAAAGAAGCAAAGGUUUUGUUGUUUUCCCCAAAAUUACUGGCUGCUCUCUACAAUAUUCUGCCAUAUAGAUUUAACAAGAAGCAACACCAAAUAGUAUUAUCAUUAUGAAUGAUGAUGAUGAUAAUAAUAAUAGUAAAUACAACUGUGCCACAAUGAGAGAAAGAGAGAGAAAUUAAAUGAAGUUUCUAGAAACCCUUGAUUGAAUUUUGACUCUUGCAGCUCAUCACCCUCUUUUUUUUUGUAAAAUUAACGAAAGCAUUGUAUUUUUUCUCUCUGUGACACAGAUCUGUAAUUAUACUUGCAGAUGUAGAGAAAAUCUAGCUGCAAAAAUGUUUAUUAAUAAACCCCAGUGCCUCUACUGCUUCAAAAACCGAAAUGUCAAAUAGGAUGUCCUAAAGUUUGUUGCAAUGUCACAUAGCUGAAGUUUGCAAUGACUUGUGGUAGUUAGGAUGUUUGUAGAGUUGGUCUUUUGUUAUUUUGUAAUGUAGAUUGAUGCCAUUGGAGUCUCUUUGAUGGAAUCAGGGCAGGAUUUGCCAGAGUUGAUCAGAACACAAUGACAAGAUUUUUGUGCAGUCUCAGUAAAAUGUGCAUUUCUAACCCUCUGGAUUUAUGAAAACAACAAAAUAGUUCUUAUUUCGCUAGAAUGUGAAGCAAAUGUAAUAUGGGGCCAAAAUACUUUUUGUUAUUUUUUUAUUAUUAUUAAGAAACAAGGUCAAGUAAUUACGAAUUAGAAUAACACUUAGUUUGAUAUAUUGAGCUUGUAAAAUGUUUUCUAUACAAGAUGAGAUUUGUUAAAAUCAAGGGUCCAAUAUGAAAUAAAACUGAAUAAAGGUCAUUUGCAGGAA